AAAAAAAAAAAAAGCAGAAUCUCUCCGGUGCGUACCGGAGGCUGAGAGGAGUCGUGGCCGCCGUGUCAGGAGUAUUCCCGUGUCACAAAUCCACACCGGCGCCGCCUCCCCCCCUCUAUCUCCGUCUCCGUCACCGGGAAGCGGCGAGGAGCCUUGCGCUGCAUCGCCGUCGAGAUGGAUCUCCUGAGGAAGGAGCUGGAGAAGAAGCGGAAGGCGGCGACGGCCGACUUCGGCGGUAAGAACUUUGUCCGGCGGUCGGAGCUGGAGGACAAGCAGCUCCAGAAGCGCCGCCAGAUCCCCGCCAAGGCUCCUUCUGUGCUCAGCCCCAACUCCUCCGCCUCCGACCCUACCAACUCCAACGCCGACCCCGCCCAGGCCGGGGGCGGGAACCCUAACCCUAGCUCCUCCGCCGCCGCGGCCUCUGUUCCUCCCGCCCUCGCGGGGAAGAAGGCCACGCCGGACGAUACGCUCCACUCCGAGGAGCGCCGCAUUGAUGAGCUCGUCCUCCCGCGGAACGAGGUCAUGCGGCGACUCCGGGUGCUCCGCGAGCCGGUCACGUUAUUUGGGGAGGACGACGCCGACCGCCUUGAUCGCCUCAAGCUCGUGCUCAAGUCCGGGGCGAUCGACGACAUUGACGACCUUGAGAUGACAGAGGGGCAGACCAACGAUUUCCUCCGUGACAUGAUUGAGCUCCGCAUGCGGCAGAAGGCUGGUCGAGACGCCUACGGCAAGGGUAAAGGCAAGCGUGUAGGUGCUGGUGAUGGUGGCGAGGGCGGCGCCCUGGGAGAUGAUGUGGAUGAAGGGGAUGGGGAUGCCCGGAGGAGUGGGGAUGAUGCUGACGCAGACAAGGACUCAAAGCGAAUGAAGACCAAGUUUGAGGAGCUUUGUGAUGAAGACAAGAUCUUAGUCUUCUUCAAGAGGUUGCUCAAUGAGUGGAACCAGGAGCUGGAUGAUAUGACAGAGCUGGAGAAGCGUUCGGCAAAGGGAAAGUCAAUGUUUGCAACGUUCAAGCAGUGUGCGCGGUAUCUCAGUCCCCUGUUUGAGUUCUGCAGGAAGAAGGUUCUUCCUGAUGACAUCCGCAAAGCAUUGCUCUUUAUUGUGGACUGCUGCAUGAAGCGUGAUUAUUUGCAAGCAAUGGACCAAUACAUCAAGCUGGCCAUUGGCAACGCGCCAUGGCCUAUUGGAGUCACUAUGGUUGGUAUCCACGAGCGUUCUGCACGAGAGAAGAUAUACACGAAUAGUGUGGCUCAUAUCAUGAACGACGAGACCACUCGCAAGUACCUUCAGUCGAUCAAGAGGCUUAUGACCCUUUGCCAGCGGCGUUAUCCUGCCCUGCCCUCCAAAUCAGUGGAGUUCAACAGCCUGGCAAAUGGGAGUGACUUGCAGGCCCUUCUGUCGGAGGAGAAGGAUCCGACGAAAGGUCCUUCUGAGGACAGGCUCCGGCUGAUGCCAGCAGCAAAAGAGUGAUCGCCUCAACCCACAAGCUCGGAUCACAAAUACAAAGUUUGGGGGUCUUUGUGUAAUCUAAACUAAAUGCGACAUUUCCUGUUAUGUUUCCAUUUUUGUACUGACGCCGAACAACAGAAGAAUCGUGUAUGUUAGUCAAAAAUUGCUAAAGAAGCUAUGAUUAUCUGUACCAAUAUAAUUCA